UGGCUGAAUUGCCUGAGAGGCGGGACUAUCUAGCAAACGGGGACUAGAGACGGGGAUGCUGAAAAGCAACCGGGAGAGACACACUUGUGACGCACUUCCGGCGGUCCGUGAGGAAGAUGGCUGCAUCCCAACAGCAAGCUUCAGCGGCUUCCUCAGCUGCUGGUGUAUCGGGUCCCAGUUCGGCUGGCGGCCCGGGUCCCCAGCCGCAGCCGCAACCGCCAGCACAACUCGUGGGCCCUGCCCAGAGCGGCCUUCUGCAGCAACAGCAGCAGGACUUCGAUCCUGUGCAGCGUUAUAAGAUGCUCAUCCCGCAGCUGAAGGAGAGUCUACAGACCUUGAUGAAGGUUGCAGCCCAAAACUUGAUUCAGAACACUAACAUCGACAAUGGACAAAAGAGCAGUGACGGACCCAUACAGCGCUUUGACAAGUGCCUGGAGGAGUUCUACGCACUCUGUGACCAGCUGGAGCUCUGCCUGCGCCUGGCACAUGAGUGCCUGUCACAGAGUUGCGACAGUGCCAAGCACUCUCCCACACUGGUGCCCACAGCCACCAAGCCCGACGCAGUGCAGCCUGAUAGCCUGCCCUACCCACAGUAUCUGGCAGUCAUCAAAGCCCAGAUUACUUGUGCCAAGGACAUUCACACGGCCCUGCUGGACUGUGCCAACAAGGUCACGGGCAAGACGCCUGCACCACCUGCUGGCCCUGGGGGCACCCUGUGAAGUCGGGGGCAGGGAGUGGGGCAGGCAGUGGUUGGUGGGUGGUGUGUAAAGGGAAUGAAGUGGCCUAGGCUAAACCCAGCAGCCUUCUCUGACUCUUCUUCCUGUCUGAACACUGCGGCUGGAGCCAGCAGGGGGCAGCAGAGGCCGACAGGGAGCGCGCAGGCGGGGCCCUUGCCUCCCCGGCCCUUCUUCCUGCUCCCCCUCCUAGCCUCAGGUAGACUUUGUACUGUGUGUGUUGAUGACCUCUCUUUUCCAGGGGCCCUCUCCCAUCCUGGGCUGGGUGUGAAGCCCUGGUUGUCCCCUCUCUCUCAGUCCUUCCUGUCUCCAGCUGGGAGGUGGGCUGUGUCUACUCUUCUGUCUCUAUUACAGUUGUCUGUCUCAUCCUG